AUGUUCUCCACUUGUUUCUCGCUGCUCUUUGGCUGGACGUCUCUGCUGCUGACGGACAUCGCGCUGUCGAAUUUUUCGGUGAAUCUCGGUCUUGCGACUCUGCGUAACGCGUCGUGUGCGACCAUGCAGAUUGGGGCGACGGGUGGCACCUUCAACGCGUCGACGUGGUCUCUUGGCUUGGCAGAGCCAUCGCUGCUGUCGUGCGCUGUGGAGGUCGAGAUGGGCAGUGUUCGCUCGCGAGUCUUCUCGAACGUUCGCGUGCUGCCGAGCGCGAUCGCGCUCAAGCGGGCGUCGGAUGAUCGCUGCUCCAACGAAGUCUUCCGUAGAGACCGUUGCACGUUUGCCAUGCGGCUGGAGGGUCUCCGGGUGGAGCCUCCGGUUCCGCUGCUGCAGCUGGGGAUGGAGGCGGCCAAGCGGUACAUUGAAAGAGAGGCGGGGGUCUACGCCUGCGGAGUUGCCCUCCCGCGCCUUGAGGGGGAGCUGCGGAACCGCACCGUUAAUCCACCCGCGUCGUGUCCCCCGUUUAUUGAAGGGGACACACCGUUGAGUAAAUCACCCCUGUUCCGUGCCUUGCUGAACAUCUUGAAUAAGUUCCCGGAGGUCCUCGGAGUACGCCUGGAGGCAUCUGCGUUGGCUGAGACGACGAUUCGAUUGCACCUGAACUUCUCUCACGGGCUCCACAUGUUAAUGCACAACACGACGGGGUCCACCGGCGGGUUUAUCUCUUCUUUAGAGGCGUUUCAGUCACUACUGUCCGCGCUUUCGCAUGGUCGUGUAGAGUGGAGUGGCACACCACAUUUUCCUGCCGCCGCGAAUGGCUCCAUGCAGGUUGACGUUUCUGAGCCCUUUGAGAUGUCACUAGACGUCUCCUUUUAUGGCCUUCGCUGUGCUGCCGAUGGGCUUCACUGCAGUCUCCCGUGUGCCGGCGGAGCCCAGUUGCGCAACAUUCGUCUCAGCGGGCUGCAUGAGUGGGAUCGGCUUGUGGUGAACCACAUCGGCCCCUGGGCCUCGCAGGUCGCUAAUGGGGUCUGCAAUUCCGUGGUGUUGCCCUUUUGCGCCACAAGCGAGAACCGGUUUCAAAUCCCCAUGAAGGAACGAACACCACUUGUCAUGGUGCCCCCAACCGCAUUGUCAAUCAUCUCCGUGUUUCUUGCCGUGGCGUUCGUUGCUGGAAUGAUUUGUCUGAGCGUCCUGCGUCACCGUCGUUCCCCCGCGAAGCUGUGGGACGGGUCCGACAUCUCACUUCAGCGUGUGCUCUUGGAGGAUACGCUGCUGGUCCUGAUGAUUGUGGUCAACGCACUGGCGUUUCUUUGGUCAAACACCACCACCGCCGCGACGCUUGUCGUUGGCGACGAGAUGCGAAUGUUGUCCUUCUCACUCGUGGAGACGACUCGUAGUCUGUACGAGGCUGGACUGAAGCCGUUUGCGGUGUUGGUCUUCAUCUUCAGCGGGGUGUAUCCGUACUUCAAGCUUGCGAGCAUUUGCGUCUGCACGCUCGUCCUUCAGAAACCAGAGUUGGUGAUACUGAGGGUGAUCGAUUAUUUUGGAAAGCUCUCCUUCCUUGACUCCUACGCGAUGGUGAUCAUGGCCGCUGGCCUGCAGAUAGCGGGCAUCGCCGACGUCCACAUUCUUCCUGGGUUUUACGUCUUCCUUGCGGCAACGAUUCUUUGCAUACUCAUCGGAAACUACGCCACGGCUUUGUGGCGCCGCAAUACCUCGCUUCGUUGCCGCCCAGAGUCAGUGGUCAUAAACGUGGAAGACGCUUUAGACAACGGUUUCCUCUUGACCCCGGAAGAUGAGGCUGACAAGAAUAUCUCAGGGGCUCAUAAGACCUCGUCAAGGCGACUGCAACGCCUGCUUUGGCGCGCACUCAACAUCCUCUUCGUUGCCGCUUGCAUCUUGCCCGUGUGGGUUGUGCCAUGCCUGAGCUACCGCGUGAGGGGCGUUGCUUCCGUGCUUCAGCCAACCGACAGGAAUAUGACCUUGUUUGAGCUCGCCUCCACCUCAACCAUGCUUCUUGUGACGUGCGUAUUCACCGUCGGCAUUGCGCCAAUGUUGUAUGUUGUCUUUUACCCACGGUGUGCGCUGCUUGCCUCUUGGGGCGCGGCUGACGCACUCCUCAUGGCGUGCGUCGCCGGCCUUCUUCAGCUGGGGCAGUUUGUGGAGUUUAUCAUUGGGAGGGACAUGAACGCCGUGUACACCGCGGAGGCGCGCCUCCUCUGGCCGCUGCUUCCGCUUCUAUUCUCCUCCGCGUGGCAGUGGGUCCUCGCCGCCGAACAAGUCUUUGGGUUGUCGGGGCGCAUCAAAGAGGCCUGGGCGGCACGCGGCGAGGCGGCGGCGGCGACGAGGGAGGCAGAGCGGGAGGGGGAGGGAGGCGGGGAGAGGCCGGCAACGCCCCCGCAGCAAGGCAUUUAG